UUAACACACACACACACACAGACAAACACUUCGUUAAUAUCCAACAACAAGUAAAUUGAAUCUCCCAAGUAAAAUUUCCUGAAUAACACAGAGACACUCAUUCGUUCACUCUCGAUUCGAAACACAAGCAACAAAAAAAAAAAGAAAAUGUCGUCGCUGAUUGCCCUCUCGAUGCUGGCUCUGGCUUUGAUGAUGCAUAACGUAUACGCCAUGAAAUCGGAAGCAUAUCAUGCUAUAUUCAAGCAUGAGGAAUAUCCCAACAAGUGCGUCAUCAAUCCGCCAAAUGGCACGCGUUUGGUGAUCAACAGCGAGGAGACCGUUCGUUACCCUGGCAAAUGCGCUGAGAUCUACUGCGGCCGCAACAGCUGGGCUUUGGUCUAUACUUGUAGAACACAAUAUCCGCCCAAGGACUGUGAAUUCGGUGACUACAUCAAUAUAAAUGCUUCCUAUCCAGAUUGUUGUCCACGCCGUAUUAAAUGCAAUUCGGUGGAAACUGAAUUCUAUUAAUUUAUUUCGGCUUAGUUUAAGAUUGUUUUCAGAAAAUAAAAUAUAAAU